AUGUUUAAUGUGAAGAAGGACAUGGCAGAUUACAAGUGGGAAGUAGGAGUGUACUUUAGGUCAAAGGAUGACUUCAAGGAAGCUAUAACAUCAUAUGCUGUGCAAAGUGGAAGAAAUAUGAGGUUUACAAAGAAUGACAAAGUGAGGGUGAGGGUUAACUGCAAGGAUGGGUGUCAAUGGGAAGCAUAUUGUGCUAAAUUGCCAAAUGAAGAAACAUGGGAACUAAGGAAAUUGGUUGACAAGCAUGAGUGUAGUAGAGAGUAUAAUGUGAAAAUGUUGACCACUAAAUUGCUGAGCAAGAGAAUUCAAAACUCUCUGAAAACCAACCUAAGGAUGAAGAUUAAGGACAUAAAGGCAAAGGCUCAAAGGAAGUGGAAUGUGGGUGUUAACAAGACUAAGGCUAUAAGGGCAAGAUUUAAGGCUAGAGACAUGGUUGAUGGAUCUUUCUUAGGGGAUUAUACAAGGAUUUAUGAUUAUUGCCAUGAGUUGCUAAGAGCUAACCCAGGGUCUACUAUCAAGAUUAAUGUUGAUCCAGUCCCAUAUGAUUCUGGCUGCAAUAGGGAGGGUCCAAAUGACCAGAUGCUUCCAGUUGCAUUUGCAGUUGUAGAAGGAGAAAACAGGGAUAGCUGGACCUGGUUUUUGCAGUUGCUGAUUGAUGACCUAGGUGGUCAAGAAGAGUGUUUGACAUACACAUUCAUCUCAGACCAACAAAAGGGUCUACUACCAGCAAUGGAUGAACUUUUGCCAGGGGUUGAACAAAGAUUCUGUGUGAGGCACCUUUAUAAUAACUUUAGGAAGAAGUAUCCUGGUAAAAUGUUGAAAGAUGCUAUCUGGAAAGCUGCAAGGUCAACCUAUGUACAAGCUUGGGAGAGAGAAAUGAGGUCUAUGAGACUUAUUAGUGAUGAGGUAACUAACAAAUGUGAUACUCUACUCAAUAACAUGUCUGAGGCAUUCAAUAGUGUGAUCCUUGAGUCAAGGACCAAGCCUUUAGUAACAAUGCUGGAAGAGAUCAGGACCUAUUUUAUGGAGAGAUGGGCUAGGAAUAGGAUGCGGUUUGAGAAUUUGCCUGAUGAUGCAGUGCUGCCAAACAUUAGAAAACAAGUGGAGAAAACAAGUACCUACACCAACACAUGGAUUGUAAGGAUGUCUGAUGAACAUAUUUUUGAAGUUAAGCAUGUGCAAGAUCCAGCUGACAUGUUCACUGUGAACUUGAAGGACCACAUAUGUUCAUGUAGGAGGUGGGAGUUGUCUGGUUUGCCAUGUGUUCAUGCAUUGUCAUGUAUGAAGAGUGGGAACUUUAGAUUUGAAGAUUUCAUUCCAGAGUACUAUAGGAAGAGUAGGUACAUUGCUGUCUACAAACCAGUUAUAUAUCCUGUGAAUGGUUCUAACCUAUGGGCAAGGACACAAUACCCAGAUGUGCAUCCUCCUAAGUUCAGAAAAAUGCCUGGCAGACCAAAGAAGAAGAGGAAUCUUGAACAAGGAGAGCUUAAUGGUACUGACAGAAAACUUAGGAGGACAGGUCUGAUUGUGAAAUGCAGUAGAUGCAAAAAGUCAGGGCACAACAAAGCUACAUGUAAGGUGACAGGGCCUACACAACCAACUACUCAACAAACAUCACAACAAACUCCUCAAGGGCCUGCACAACCAAGUACUCAACAAACAUCACAAGUAACUACUUCACAGCCAGCUACUCAACAAGUUACUGCACAGCCAGCUACUCAAUAA